ACUUCGAUGACAUAGAUGUGGGCAUCGAUGUUUUCCCACCUCUAACCUCUACUUCGUAUACAUCGUGUCGUCGUCGCUUUUGUGAACAAAAAAUUCGAGGAAAAUUGCCCAAAUCACUUGAUUCGAGUGGGCACAAGCAUUUGUGUGGAACUUAACGAGUGAAUACGCGGCUGGCGUUCGAACGCAACUAAAGUUAACUAUUUUCCUGCACCCCCGAGUUAAAGAAAAGCCGUCAAAAUUGAAUCGACAAAGAUUGACGAGACUUUUUCUUCCACCACAACUGCGAUGGAAGAUAAAGCAACAACAAAAGAUCUUGAUCAAUGGAUUGAGCAGUUGAACGAAUGCAAUCAAUUGACAGAGACACAAGUUCGCACCCUCUGCGACAAGGCCAAGGAGAUACUCUCCAAGGAGUCCAAUGUGCAGGAGGUUAAAUGCCCGGUGACAGUGUGCGGAGAUGUCCACGGUCAGUUCCACGACCUGAUGGAGCUGUUCCGGAUAGGCGGCAAGUCCCCGGACACCAACUACCUGUUCAUGGGCGACUACGUGGACCGCGGCUACUACUCCGUGGAGACCGUAACCCUGCUGGUGGCCCUGAAGGUCCGCUAUCGGGAGCGCAUCACUAUUCUGCGCGGCAACCACGAGUCGCGUCAGAUCACACAGGUGUACGGCUUCUACGACGAGUGCCUGCGCAAGUACGGCAAUGCCAACGUUUGGAAGUACUUCACGGAUCUGUUUGACUACUUGCCGCUGACGGCUCUCGUCGAUGGACAGAUCUUCUGUCUGCACGGCGGCCUCAGUCCCUCGAUCGACAGUCUGGAUCACAUCCGGGCACUGGACCGCUUGCAGGAGGUCCCGCACGAGGGUCCCAUGUGCGAUCUGCUCUGGUCCGAUCCCGAUGACAGGGGUGGCUGGGGAAUCUCGCCUCGCGGCGCCGGUUACACCUUUGGCCAGGACAUUUCGGAAACCUUUAACAACACAAACGGCCUGACACUCGUGUCGCGUGCCCAUCAACUGGUGAUGGAGGGCUACAACUGGUGUCACGAUCGCAAUGUGGUCACAAUAUUCUCAGCGCCAAACUAUUGCUACCGAUGUGGCAACCAAGCGGCCCUCAUGGAACUGGAUGAUUCACUUAAAUUUUCAUUCCUACAAUUUGAUCCAGCACCCAGGCGCGGGGAGCCUCAUGUUACACGAAGAACACCCGAUUAUUUCCUUUAAGCUGGAUUGCUAGCACCUACGCAGCUUACAUUUACACAUAUUACAUCGCAUUAUAACAACAAGAACCGAAACAAUAUAUAAUAUAAAUCCAAAUCCAACCAGCAGCAACAAAAUAAACAAAAUGGCAAAUGCUGUCGAAAAAAAAAAUACCAUAAAAAAACCCGAAACUAAAA